AUGUCGACUAAAAGUAUUUGUCUCUGGUCAGAGUUAGCGGGCUGCAUAAAGUUUGACAGAAUACAAAGUAAAACUGAAAGAAUAGAAAGACAAUUUGAGAGACUGGAACAGGGUACAAAGAUAAGAGAUUAUUUUUAUUCCUUUUCAUUAGUUUGUCGUAGCUGUAUUGUGAAGUAUCUUCAAACAUCUUAUCACUGUCCUGUUUGUGAUGUUGAAGUACACAAAACUAAACCUCUGCUGCAUAUUAGACCUGACCGAACUCUUCAAGACAUUGUCUUCAAACUUGUACCAGGCCUCUACCAGGCUGAAUUGAAGCUCCGUCAUGAUUUUGAAGAAAAACAAAGAGAGGAGAACGUGGCGCCAGAGGAGAAGGGAUCUGCGAAUGAAGUUGAGGCUGAUAAAAAGGAGGUUGAGAUAGAAGACCCAGUUUGUAUAACACUGGAAUACUACAGACGAAAGAGGAACUGGUUGGAAAAUCAGAUCUUCCCGACCCGUUAUCUCAGAUGUCCGUCAGCACUGACUGUUAGUGUGCUGAAGAAAUUUCUUGUAACGAAGUUCGCCAUUCCUCAUACCCAUCAGGUUGAAGUCAUCCGCUGCGAUGAGAUAUUAGAUGGUCACCUGACCAUGAGAGAUGUGUCGCGGAUAUAUGGACUGUAUGCCAAGUCAUUUUUAGAUUUGGAAUAUGCAUUCCUGGAAGUAAAACCAGAAGAACCAGCGCGACCUCGUAAAACUGAAAACAUUGACAUUCUUUCACGGAAAAAGAUGAAGAUCAAGAAAAAGAAAAAGAGAAAGAAGAAAAUGAAUGAAUUAUUAGCUACAGAACUAUCAACGAACAAUGAAACUGUCACGGAAUCGAAAAGUGAACUGCCAAGUUUGCCAGAAAGUCACAGUGAACCCGUUUUACAAAAUGACAUUUUAUCUUCAUUUCCAGACACUCCCCCGAGUUUUGAUCACGUGCCAUGCUCGAAAGAGAUCGAGUCUCCGGCUUGACGUCACGUGUAGUGCACGUGAUCGAUUGAUGGUGCUUACACGAAGUAUGCUUAUGUAGAUAAAGGUUAAUUGACGAGGUCGAAGAGGUCAAAUGAUAAACGAAAAUUUGAACGAGUAGAUGAGAGUUGGAAAAAGGGUUUUCCAUUUCCUAUUGGCUGAAAUGUGGCUGUGAAAAAACAAAACUUCUAACGAUUCUCACGAGUAAAUUUAAAUUAGCACAAAGCGCGUGGUUCAACAAGCGUCAAUGCGGGUGGAUGACAGUUCCGUUCUCUGUCUAAUGUAAGCGAAAGCCAAAGUUAUUUUACUAUCAUGAAUUCUCGGUCUUGUUUGAUCUUGGUUUGAAGUGAAGGAGGGGGCUUAAAUAAUAGAGAAAAGUUCAUUUUCCAACAAACAGUUUUCUCCGUUUGGGUCUUUCAUUCACUAGUCUGACGAAGCUAGCUCAUCAGGGGCUUGCUUAUAGCUUUUGGUUGAUGGGACUUCUUUUACGCGUGUGCUUUGUUAAAGCCGCGCGCGAGGAAAAUGGUGUAAUUCCCUCGCGGCCUCGCGCCUCACCUUCAUGGCUCCGCCACAGAAGGAAAGCACACGCGUGAAAUCCCGCUAGGUGGAGACGCACACUGGCUGACAUCAAGAGAAUUUUUUUUUCUCUUGCUGACAUGGAGAAGGCAGAGAUUCUUCGAUGUGUUUGAGGAAAAAAGGCGAUUAAUAUUUCUCAGGCUCGGUUGGCCUUAUAAGAACUGCACUUUUUUUUGAUCUCAAAAGCAAUUCAUUUUGCCUGAAAGCAUGGAAAUUCUAGUGGUGAAAUUCUAGUGUGAAAUUCAUCGCGAAAAUAUCUCGCACUCCUUUGCAAUGUGCCCGAUUUGUAAUUCAAGCAGGUAACUGCUUGAUUGCAAGAUAAUAGGAAAUCUAUUAAGGUGGAUUCAUACAGUAUUUCCCUUUUCUUUUGAAGAAAUCUAAAUGCUACCAUCUUGACGUUUGCCAAAGAAAACAAAUUGUUUUGACCCGAGAAAAUAAUACACGCCCUAAGAAAAGUACCGAGAAAAUAUCUAGAGCUGGGAAACAUUGAGAGGAUGAAAUCUCAUAUUUUUUUAAUAAUAAUAAAAGAAACAAGAAAUAAUGAUAUAGUUCUGCCGUCGCUUCGUUUUUACAACACAAAUGAUCACGUUCACGUACGUAUUGUUGUUAGUUUGAGCUGUUAAUUCCCUUAAAAAAAAAAACAACACUAUAAACAUAAAAAAUAUACUCCCACCGCAAACCUUAGCCUGCAGACAAGCAGAUGAAACCUGGAAUUUGUGCUAAAAGUGUCAGCCUGUGUAAGAGAAGGUGAUCUACCAUUCCCCUGCACUAAAAAAAGAUAUUUUUCAGCUAUGAAAUGCCCGUUUUUUGCGAAAGGUUCGGCAUGUUGCGGGGACAACAUGUUGCAUGAAAUUCACUUGGUUUAAAUUAGUAGUAAUGAUGCAGGGACAAAAUAACCUCAAUCUCCAGUAUCGCAUCGCGUACACUGCUCUGGCAAACUGUUCCCCCUACAACAUGGAAUCGAAAUGAACCAAUAUCCGCUUCGUGUGCACCAUGCCAGUUGUGUUCGGUUCAUGGAACAUGUCAAACACGCUUUCUACGCGUACACACGAAGUGGCUUGUCCUGGCUUCACAUUCCUGCAGUAUGUCCCCUAGUAUGUGCUGACCUUGAUAGUCGUCUGGCGAGAAAACCUAGCUAGAAAACAGAACAACUAAAUCUACCUGCUGUGAUAGAUUUUUUUUCAGAGUUAAAUAAAUUAGUAAGAGCCUGAAUGAAAAAAAUAAAGAAAAUAAUCCUUG